AUGGCCGAUGUCGCUGCAGCUGCAGGACCUGAUGCCAUGAUUGUGGUGCAGGAAGAACGGCUGGGAACCGGCCAUGCGGCGUUGCAGGCCGCCUCUCUGUUUGGGGAUGGUGAUGUUGCCAUUCUCUAUGCUGACAAUCCUCUGAUCCGCCCUGAAACCUUGCGGCGUCUUCUGCACACAAAACAGAACGGCGACACGGGGCUGGCGCUGCUUGCAAUGCGUCCUGCUGAUCCCGGACGUUAUGGCCGGGUUGUCAUGCAGGACAAUAUGGUCGAACGCAUUGUCGAAUGGGCGGAUGCAACGGCGGAAGAGCGUGAGAUCGGGCUGUGUAAUGCUGGUGUGAUCUGUGCCGGUGCUACCGAUCUGGGGCGUUGGCUUCAUGCGGUUCGCAAUGACAACGCCAAGGGUGAAUAUUAUCUGACGGACGUUAUUGGUCUGGCACGUGCGGAUGGUCAGUCUGUGCAGGCUGUUGAAGCGCCAGAGGACGAACUGCGCGGUGUGAACUCAAAAUCCGAACUGGCGGAUGCCGAGGCUGUUGUGCAGGAUCGUUUGCGUCGCGCUGCGAUGGAUGCCGGAGUGACACUGACGGCACCGGAAACUGUCUUCCUCUCCGGAGAUACUGUGAUUGAAGCCGAUGUGACGAUCGAGCCCCAUGUCGUCUUCGGAGCAGGUGUGAUCGUGCGUUCCGGGGCUGUGAUCCGUUCCUUCAGUCAUCUUGAAGGCUGCGAAGUUGGACCCGAGGGCAGGAUCGGCCCUUAUGCCCGUCUGCGUCCGGGUACCAGGCUUGGACGGGAUGUCCAUAUUGGCAACUUCGUGGAGCUGAAAGCCACACAGAUGGAGGAUGGUGCGAAAGCAGGACAUCUGACCUAUCUGGGGGAUGCAUCCAUCGGCGCACGGACGAAUAUCGGUGCAGGGACCAUCACCUGCAAUUAUGAUGGUUUUUUCAAACAUCGCACCAUCAUCGGAAGCGAUGCCUUCAUAGGCUCGGAUUCGAUAAUCGUUGCUCCGGUCAGGAUCGGUGAUGGAGCCCUGACAGCCGCGUCCAGUGUCAUUACCAAUGACGUGCCAGCGGGAGACCUUGCUAUCGCACGCGCUGUGCAGACAAACAAAACAGGCCUUGCAGUUACGUUGCGAGAGCGCCUGAAGCAGAAAAAGGAUGCCAACUGA